AGCCUGCCCCAUCCGGACUAGCCAGGUAGCUGCAGCUGCCGAACCAGUGCAGUUUUCACAUAGAGUGCCUUUCUGCAGAGCAGGUUGGCUCUUCCACUGAUUGCCUGAGGCCAAACGCUGGAGGUGAAGUAAAGAACAUGAACUCACAUAGACUGAAAGUUUAAGCCAAUUUUUUCCCUGGCCACCAUGGAGAUGGAGAACAGAACAUUAAAAAGAAAAGCUGCACAGAAGCUCUAGAAGGAUAUGAUCACUGUGUUUCACCAUUAGGCAUCAUUGCUCUGCUUAGGAAAGCUCUGAUUUUCAUCGCUGAGCUUUGUAAAGUUUUGGAUACUGCCAGAACCAUUACUCAGCAAUCCUGGCAGCUGCUGAACAGCAGAAUGCGUCCGGACACAUUUACACCUGUCUAAUAAAACAUCAGAAAGGCAAUAAAGAAGGUAUGGCUGGAUGGACCUGAAAAGAAAGUCUCAGAAGCAAGAAAUAUGAAGGGGAUAUGGCAGAAAGUCAAACCUUCUGGCUGAAAUGGGCAAACUUGCUUUUAGCAUCAUGCUGCGGGGAGCUCACAGCAAGGUUAUUAAAUGCAAAGCAGCAGUAAUGUGGGAAGCCAAUAAACCAUUUUCUAUUGAGGAGGUGGAAGUUGCCCCACCAAAGGCACAUGAAGUUCGCAUAAAGGUUGUGGCCACAGGGAUCUGUCGCUCUGAUGACCACGUGACAACUGGUGGACUGGUUAUGCCUUUUCCGAUAAUUCUUGGGCAUGAAGCAGCUGGCAUUGUGGAGAGUGUUGGGCAGGGAGUAACUUCGAUCAAACCAGGAGACAAGGUUAUUCCACUCUUUGUCCCACAGUGUGGGGAGUGCAGCAGUUGCUUAAGCACCAAGGGUAAUCUGUGCAGGAAAAACGACAUUGGUUCAGGUGCUGGAUUAAUGCCUGAUGGCACCACGAGAUUCACCUGUAAAGGAAAAGCAAUUCACCAUUUUAUUGGUACGAGUACCUUCACUGAAUACACAGUAGUGCAUGAAUCCUCUGUAGCCAAAAUCGAUUCUGCUGCUCCUCUGGAAAAAGUUUGUCUCAUUGGCUGUGGAUUUUCAACCGGUUACGGGGCUGCUGUGCAGACUGCCAAGGUGGAACCAGGCUCCACCUGUGCCAUCUUCGGCCUCGGAGGAGUCGGCCUCUCUGUCGUCAUGGGCUGCAAGGCGGCUGGAGCUGCCCGCAUCAUUGCCGUUGAUAUCAAUAGCAACAAGUUUGCCAAGGCCAGGGAGCUGGGAGCCACCGACUGCGUGAACCCUAAAGAUUUCAAGAAGCCUAUUCAUGAAGUGUUGAUCGAAAUGACUGGCUGUGGUGUGGACUACUCCUUUGAAGUCAUUGGCCAUACCGAAACCAUGGCUGCAGCCUUGGCCUGUUGCCAAUACAACUACGGCGUCAGUGUGAUUGUGGGUGUGCCCCCUGCAACACAAAAGAUCACUUUUGACCCCAUGCUCCUCUUCACUGGUCGCACCUGGAAAGGGUCCGUCUUUGGAGGCUGGAAGAGUAAAGAUUCAGUCCCCAAAUUGGUUGCUGACUACAUGAAGAAAAAAUUUGUUCUGGAUCCAUUAAUUACUCACACACUUCCUUUCACUAAAAUCAAUGAAGGAUUUGAUCUGCUAAGGACAGGGAAGAGUAUUCGCAGCGUCCUGGUCUUUUAGGAUUCCCAACUGUUAAGCAGCGGAUGGCUCAGCACCAGUACAAACUUCAUUAUCCUCCAGUACAACUGGUACGACAUACAAAGUGAGACCCUUCUGAAAGGUCUACUACCACCCCCUCCCUGAAUAACAGGAUCAAGCUCAAACCCUAGACUUCAAGCACAGUGUUCAUAAAUGAAAUAAUC